GGGCCUAGUCCGGUGACGACGGGGUCUCCGGCCGACGAGCACGAGCACGAGCAUGCAAACAAACGGCUCCCUCGUUGGCUCUCGCGGGCGUCUUUCUUCCUGUAACUGCGAUCGACGCACUCGAGCGGACAUUGAUUCUGGGCUGUCUUCGAUUCGCAGCUGGGGCAUCGGAUUGGGGAGGGUGUGGAUUUGAUUCGCGAGGAAGUGGAAGGUGCGGAGAGGAGGGGCUGCGGAGGGAGGGAGCAGCGAUGGGCGCUGCCGAUAAGGAUGUGGUGGAAGAGAUCUUGCUGGGGGAUCUGAACGAGGUGGGCGAAAUUGCGGAUUCUGGCGAGUGGGCGUCUCGGCAUUCGGUGGAUCAUGGCGUGCUGUGUGAUGUGAUCAAGAGUCUGUCGGGAUUCGAGCUCGUCGACUCCAAGGAGCUGUCACGCGAGUCCUGGUUUCUGGAACGCGAGGGCGAGGAGUAUGUGGAGAAUGGCUCUGCGGAGAUGCAGGUGUUUUUGGCCGUGCCUCCGGAAGGAAUCACCCUGCCGGACCUGAAGGCCAAGGUCGGGGACAAAUUGCUCAAUGUCGGCCAGAAGAAUGCGAUGAAGAAUGGCUGGAUUGUCAUGCAGAAGCCUCUGAUGAAAAGAAAGGUCGCGGAAGCGGAAGACAUUGUUCGAAGCCAGCUCGUGUCGAUCAAAGACGGGCAAGAGGUGUCUCCUGACGUGAUCAAGGAUUUGAAGAAGAGGAACUUGAUUGCUCGCAAAUUGUGGAAGGGUUACGAGGUCUGCAAGGGACCCAAGUAUGCUCUGAAGAGGAGCAAGCCCGCCACGGAUGUCACCCGCGAGAUGCUGCAGACUGGGGCAUGGAAGGAGCAGGAAUUCAAAGCCUACAAUUUCGAAGCCCUAGGAUUCCCCAUCUCGGGUGGUUAUCUGCAUCCCCUCUUGAAGGUCCGUGCCCAGUUCAGGAAGAUUUUCCUCAACAUGGGCUUCGAGGAAAUGCCCACCAACAACUUCGUGGAGAGCAGCUUCUGGAACUUCGACGUCCUCUUCCAACCUCAACAACAUCCUGCACGUGAUUCUCACGACACCUUCUUCCUGAAAACCCCGGCCACCACAGUAGAGCUGCCGGAAGAUUACUUGCAAAGGGUAAAGACUAUGCACGAGGUAGGGGGCCAUGGCUCCAUAGGGUACGGAUACGAUUGGAAGAGGGAGGAAGCAGAGAAGAAUUUGCUGCGAACUCACACCACUGCUGUCUCUUCGCGGAUGCUGUACAAGCUGGCACAGGAGAAGUUCGUUCCCAAGAGGUACUACUCCAUAGAUCGAGUGUUUCGAAACGAGGCUGUGGACAGAACACAUCUGGCCGAAUUCCAUCAAAUUGAGGGUGUGGUCUGCGACAGAGGUCUUACACUCGGGGACCUGAUCGGUGUCUUGAAUGAGUUUUUUGGCCGGCUGGGAAUUAAGAAAUUGCGCUUCAAACCAGCUUAUAAUCCAUACACGGAGCCCAGUAUGGAGAUCUUCAGCUACCACGAACAGUUGAAGAAGUGGGUGGAAAUUGGCAACUCGGGGAUGUUUCGUCCAGAAAUGCUUCUGCCAAUGGGCCUUCCUCCAGAUGUUAACGUUAUUGCCUGGGGACUUUCUCUCGAAAGGCCAACGAUGAUUCUGUACAAUAUUGACAACAUUAGAGAUCUUUUUGGACACAAGGUCGACCUCGAGAAAGUCAAGUCAAAUCCUAUUUGUCGGCUUGGGAUAUAAAUGUCUUAUUUGCGAGAUCCUGUUUCCCCCAUUUUUGAUAAAUAUCAACACGGUGAGUGACAAAUAUGUUCCUUGCAGCUGCUUUCAAACAGCCAAUUUUUUAAAUAUGACAAUGUGGUUUCUCCAAUAUGGAU